CAUACUGGUUUAGACCAUCACAAUCUGUCGGGAAAAUCAUUGAAAUCAAUCCAUACAUGGUUGACACUAUGGCUGGAGGUGAUGCUGACUGCCAGUUGUGGCACAGGAACCUGGGAAUUAAGGUGCUCCCCGGUUUGUACUAGUUUGACUUUCGUUCUUGUAUUGUCAUGGACAAUCUAGCCGUUGGAAGAUCAUUGACUAGACUUGCAAAUUUCAGUGCCUGUCUGCAUGAGCCUGCAAAUAGGAGAACGAUAUCUGUCGCCGGGGCAUUGAAGUUGCUAGCCAGUUGUAUUCCUGCCAUGGCAAGGGAUCGUCUGUUGGAACAAUGAUCGCUGGACGGUACACAAAGGCACUGUCAUAAGGACUCUUUGCAUAGUUUUAUCCUGAAUUCUACGUCUUAUUGUAAGUAAUUGGUCGUUCCUUGCAAGGUCCAGGCCUAUACUGUGUGGACAGUGAAGGUGGAUGGCUAAUAGGAACUAUAUUUUCAGUUGGAUCGGGAUCACCAUGUGCUUACGGUGUUUUGGAUGGUACCGGUUUGAUAUGUCUCUUGAAGCAGCAGCUGGGCUGGCCAGACCCGCCGUUUACCAUGCCACAUUCAGAGAUGGCGCCGGUGGUGAUGGUGUCGGUGGACCUAAUGAAUGGAAGAAGCUUUCUGGCGAGGCGAUGAUGUUGGAGAACUUCACCGCACAUAUUAUCCUGUCGAGCAAACGUUAGUGGAGCGGGAAAUGGAUGAGGAUUUAACGUCUUCAGAUACUGAAAAGGGAAGAAGAUUUACGUAUGUAAUUUAAUUAUUCACAAAACGGUCGAAAGAACAGCCAAAGUCGCCACUACAUUCUUCCUCGCGAAUUGACUUCGGUUACAGGAGUGGUUCCCGCUGUAGUGACCGCAUCAUUAUUCUCUUGAAAUACCACCCUUCUUUUUGGCAAAUCGACAAAUAAGUUAAAAAGAGUAUCAGCUUGCCAAACGACAGAAAAGAUAGAGUAGCUGUCUCGCGGAGGCCUAAAUCCGAGUCAAGGAAGAAUCGGGUCAUCUUCAAAUUCAUACAGUAGUUAUCACCGCUUU